ACUCAUCCACGUAAACCACUCCCCCAGUCUCUCUCUCUCUCUCUCAUCCCUUUCCCUUCUUCCCCAGCUUGAUCUUCUCGCACGUGAGAAAAAUGGUUGCAGGCGCAGAACUCAUCCAGAAUGGUAUCAACGGGCACGUAAAAGUUGCUCCCAGCACGUGCGAUGAGGAUCCCUUGAACUGGGCGAAGGCGGCCAAGGAACUCCAAGGCUCACACUUCGAAGAGGUGAAGCAAAUGGUGCACCGAUUCGCCCGAUCCGACUCGGUCGUCCUCAAAGGCCAGAACCUCCAAGUCGCUGACGUCGCCGCGGUGGCCCGUCGCCAACCGGAAGUAACGGUGCGGCUCGACUCCGCCGCCGCCAAGUCACGUGUCGAGGAGAGCUCCGACUGGGUUAUGGCUCAGUCCUGUAAAGGAACUGACACUUAUGGUGUCACGACCGGAUUCGGUGCUACCUCUCACCGCCGAACCAACCAAGGGGUCGACCUCCAGAGAGAACUGAUCCGGUUCUUGAAUGCCGGUGUUAUAGCCGGUGACGGCAAUGAACUCCCCGGAGACAUCGCCCGAGCUGCCAUGCUUGUACGCACCAACACUCUCCUACAAGGCUACUCAGGCAUCAGAUGGGACAUCCUUAACGCCAUCAAAGACCUUGUCAAUGCAGGCCUCACACCAGUCCUCCCUUUACGUGGCACCAUAACAGCCUCCGGUGAUCUCGUUCCUUUAUCCUACAUCGCCGGCGUAGUCACCGGUCGUCCCAACUCCCGAGUCCGUACACCUACUGGCGAGUUGAUAUCAGGGUCGGAGGCCCUUUCCCGGGUCGGAGUGGAUAAACCAUUCGAAUUGCAACCCAAAGAAGGGCUUGCCAUUGUGAAUGGCACUUCAGUCGGUGCUGCACUCGGUUCGAUCGCGUGUUUUGAUGCGAACGUGUUAGCUGUGGCAGCGGAGAUUACGUCAGCCAUGUUCUGUGAAGUUAUGCAAGGGAAACCGGAGUUUACUGACCCGUUGACCCACCGGUUGAAACACCACCCGGGCCAGAUGGAGGCAGCGGCGGUGAUGGAAUAUGUACUCGCCGGGAGCGAGUUGAUUAAACACGCGGCGAAGCUUCAUGAGUUCAACCCGUUACAGAAACCGAAACAGGACCGUUACGCACUCAGGACAUCUCCACAGUGGUUGGGACCUCAGAUAGAGGUGAUAAGAGUAUCAACCCACAUGAUCCAACGCGAGAUAAACUCAGUGAACGACAACCCAGUAAUCGACGUCGCCCGAGACAAGGCUCUUCACGGCGGCAACUUCCAGGGAACCCCAAUCGGUGUCUCCAUGGACAACCUCCGCCUCGCCGUGGCGGCGAUGGGGAAACUAAUGUUCGCACAAUUCUCAGAACUCGUCAAUGACUACUACAAUGGAGGCUUACCAUCAAACUUGAGCGGUGGACCCAACCCAAGUCUCGACUAUGGUUUUAAAGGUGCAGAGAUAGCCAUGGCUUCUUAUACUUCCGAGUUACAGUAUCUUGCGAACCCAGUGACAACACAUGUACAGAGUGCUGAGCAACACAACCAGGACGUCAACUCGUUGGGUUUGAUUUCGGCACGUAAAUCGACCGAGGCACUCCAUAUUCUUAAGCUGAUGACUGCUACGUACUUGGCUGCUUUGUGCCAGGCCAUUGAUCUACGCCAUCUCGAGGAGAAUCUGAGAAACACCGUUAAGGCAGUUGUCGCACAGGUGGCAAAGAAGACACUGAGCACCGGACCAAAUGGGGAGCCACUACCAGGCCGGUUCGCGGAGAAGGAACUGCUACAGGUGGUGGAGAGCGAACAGGUUUUCUCUUAUGCAGAUGACCCAUGCAGACCCGAUUACCCUCUCAUGCAGAAACUCCGGUCUGUAUUGGUUGAACACUCGUUAGGGGCCCCACAUGAUGUGGCAGAGGUGGAGGUGUCACCGAAAGACAGUGUGUUCGGACGGAUCAAGCUAUUCGAAAGCGAGCUCAGGGAGCAAUUGGGCCCACAGCUUAAGAUCGCACGUGCGAUAUAUGACAAUGGGAACGCACCAUUUCCGAACCGGAUCAUGGAUUGCCGGUCUUACCCGGUUUAUAAGUUCAUACGCUCGGUGCUUGGGACUGAAUUGUUGAGCGGAACCAGGAAGGUGUCCCCUGGAGAGCAGAUCGAAGCCGUCCAUGCCGCUAUCUGUGAUGGGAGACUCGUGGAACCGUUGAUGGAGUGCUUGGAUGGGUGGACCCAGAGGCCAGGAUCAAUUUGAUUGGUUAAUUUGUGGUUGUUUUUUUCUUUCUUUUUUUUCUUUUUAAUUUUGUUCACCUCUUUCUCUUACUUUUUCUCUCCCCGUGAGGUUUGGAGGGAGAAGGUAUGAAAAUAAAUCAUAGUUGUAAGAAAUGAAUAAUUUGUGAAAUGAAAAAUGCGUGGUUGAAAAAGAUUAAAA